AUGGAGUUUCCACUCACGAUUGAUGAUAAAGAAGUGUUUCGGCUCUCGAUUGCCUCUCAAUCAUCCACCACGACUACAUCCGCGAGCACUUCCAGUCAAAGACUCAGUGUAGCCAGCAGUAGUAAUGAAGACGAUACGCAAGUGGCUUAUUGUCCACCAAAUAAUCUUGCAACCACAUCUUCACUAUCACCUUCUUCACGAUACUUACUCUCUGGUUACUCAACAUCCGAAAACCUUCGCAAUAGAGUUUUAAGCAGAUUCUACCCUUCUUCAUUAGCAUCAUCAUCAUCGUCAUCCAACCGUCAUCAGAAAUCACUCUCAGAUCCGUUCAUUGCCACUACUGUUAUGCCGUCUUUAUCUUCUCUAGAUUUAGGCACGGAAAGCAUAACGAACCACGUAGAUCCAUGGUGUAUGUCCGUCAAACUAGCGAUAGAUACCUGUAUUGUAUCCGAUUGGCUAUGUAAAUAUGAGCAACCGACAUUUGCAUUCUCCCGAUCAUGGAAACGCAGGCUCUUCGUCCUUGUUGACCGCAUUGUGUAUAACUUCAAAUCGUCCAAAUCCACCACGCCAGCCAAAGAACAUUUUGUAUUAACAGAUGACACAUUUGUGUUUGUUACCGAAGAAUUCAAAAAGGGCUUCAUCAUUGAACUGCGAAAACCCCUCUGCAAAUGGUUUAUUCGAUGUGAAUCAGUGAAUCAAAUGCGAUGCUGGUUGGAGGCCAUGAAGAAGAUUGUGGCAUGCAUUAAAAUUGGAUACGAUGGCUUGCUGAACAACUCGAUACUGGCUUCCGUCAAGCUGACUGAUGAUUACCGCAUCUUGAUACCUUCCAAAGUUGCAGCCAUUCGACUGGAUAGAAAGCAGCACUACCGACAGAGUUUGCCUGUAUCCAUGACAUUCAACAACAAUAAUACCGACAUCUUACAUAACCGAAAGAGGCCUCAUUCUUCGUCCUCAAAGAAUCGACAAUCUUUGGCCGAGAUACCAGACUGGGAGUCCAUUUUACCACCUCAAUUACCACCACCUAAAAGUAAACCACCACCUGUACCAUCAUCAUACACAUCAAACAAUAACAAUAACAACCUGCCUACUGUUUCUGAAUAA